UAUAUAUAUAUAUAUAUAUACAAAGUGCAAAGAAUUGUACUUGUAGCACUACCGAGAGGAGAUACAGAAACCAACAAACAAACAAAAAAAAAAACUACAUUUGUUUUUUGAGGCUCCAGAGAGAUCAGAAAGACAUGGAAUCAACUAAAGCUGGGGGUGUAAUAACAUACAUCAGCUCCUCAAGCUCAUCUUCAAGCCCGGAGUCCUGCCAAAGCGACAGCUCCAGCAUUAGCUACCAGACUUCCUCGCCCUCCCUCUCCUCAUCUUCCAGCAGGAGGGGGCACCCGACCACAGAGAUUCAUGUGUCUGGGGGGGUCCAGAGCCACAGCACCCCUCACUGUACGACCAAAACCAGCCGUUCAUCUGCCAAGUGUGGAAUUACAAAGAUUAACGGCAUGGUUCUACUCUGUAAAGUGUGUGGAGAUGUGGCAUCUGGAUUCCACUAUGGGGUUCAUGCAUGUGAAGGAUGCAAGGGUUUCUUUAGAAGAAGCAUUCAACAAAAUAUCCAGUACAAGAAGUGCCUUAAGAAUGAAAACUGCGCCGUUAUGCGAAUAAACAGAAACCGUUGUCAGCAGUGUCGCUUCAAGAAAUGCUUAUUAGUUGGAAUGUCAAGAGAUGCUGUUCGGUUUGGACGUAUCCCGAAACGGGAAAAACAGCGCAUGUUGUUAGAGAUGCAGAGUGCCAUGAACAACAUGAUGAACAACACCCAGCUUAACGAGCAGCAGCUGCCUGCGGAGUCAUCUCCAGAGCGACCUGGAGACUCUGCCACUUCAUCCUCCUCCUCCUUAACCUCACCUCUCCAGGAGCGGCAGCAGGAACCAGAGUCACUGCAGUCUGAACUUGAGGAGAUGGAAACAGCCCAGACGCCCUCCCCAUCCAGCUCUGACAGUAGCGAAGAGGUCAUCGGUACUGUCACCAGGGCCCACAAGGAGACUUUCAUGUACAACCAAGAGCAGCCCAGCCCUAUGGACAAAAAUUUUGCAACCCAGCAGGGCGGAGUGAGGAUGAGUGUCUCCACUGAAGAGGAGCAUGGCUGGUACACCAGGAACAGCCACAAUGACUUUAGCAGCUAUAACGCCUACCACCACCUGGGCCACGGGAACCUGCACAUGCCCAAAGAGCACCACAGAAAUGACACUGUGGCGCACUGUCCCAGCAGGCAAGCCAAUGGACUGACCAACGGACACUGCCCUGGCUUUUCAAAUGGCUUGUUGUACAAUACCCUGAAUGCCAGCAAAACAUCUGAGAACGAACCGAUGACCAAAAAGAGUUUCAGUGGGCCGGUGUGGACAGGAGGAAACAGGCUGCAUUUGGUGUGUCCUAUGGGACUGUCCCCUUAUGUUGACUCCAGUAAAUCAGGACAUGAUAUUUGGGAGGAAUUUUCCAUGAGCUUCACCUCUGCAGUACGAGAGGUGGUGGAGUUUGCAAAGCGUGUCCCUGGGUUCCGAGACCUCUCUCAGCACGACCAGGUCAGCCUGCUGAAAGCUGGCACAUUUGAGGUUUUAAUGGUGCGCUUUGCAUCCUUGUUUGAUGCUAAGGACCGUACUGUCACUUUCCUGAGUGGAAAAAAAUACAGUGUGGAUGCACUGCGUUCCAUGGGAGCAGGAGACUUGCUGAACUCAAUGUUUGAGUUCAGCGAGAAGCUAAUUGCUCUGCAGCUCAGUGAAGAGGAGAUGAGUCUGUUCACAGCGGUCGUCCUGGUUUCUGCUGGUCGUUCAGGACUGGAGAAUGUCAACUCAGUUGAGGCACUGCAGGAAACUCUAAUUAGAGCCCUCAGAACCUUAAUAAUGAAAAACCAUCCCAAUGAAGCCUCCAUUUUUACCAAACUGCUUUUGAAGCUUCCAGACCUCCGCUCCCUCAACAACAUGCACUCGGAGGAGCUGUUGGCCUUUAAAGUUCAUCCAUAGACUUUGAUUUAUUUUUGCAACUCUAUCAUCAACUCUGUUGUAUAUUUUGCUGUAUAGAAUGUUCACAUAUAUGUACAUACUUUACAAUUUCGUUCACAGUCUUUGGAUAUGUGAUUGAACAGUGGUAAAAAGGCAGAACUAAAAAGGAAAUUAAAAGAAUCCUGGUACUGUAUGGCUAUUUGCCUAUUACAAAAAAAGGAAAAGAAAGUUAUUAUGAUGUUUGCUAGCACAUAUUUUCUGAAGCACCUUUUUGAUGAAAGAAAAUAUAUGUAAUGUUAGUGCAAUAGAAGUCAUGUUUUUCUGUGUAUUGUAUGUACAAUUGUGGAGUAGUGUGUUAAGGCUAUGGAUGCGAUUAUAGCAGUUAGCCUGUUCCUGCGUAAACUAAUCAUGCCUGGCACGUAACACAGGUUAAAUGGUGUGUUACUAUUACUACUACUACAAAAAAAGAAAGAUUAUAAAAUGCGAUAAUUGCUGCUCAUGCAUGGCUACCCUUUAUGAUUGGACAUUUUGUAGAUUUAGUGCCUGUUUGUUCAGAAGUGUGGACUGAUAAGCUGAGUUACAUUAUGAUUGUGGGUUUUCUCCCAUGAUAUGAAGAUGCAGUAGCUUUUUUAUUUAAAUUUGUGCUAAUUGUGCAGGUCUGUAUUAACUUUAUUGUUGUUCGUUUUUUGACUGUGUAAACUGGAAUGAAUUUCCUCUUUUACCCUCUUACCUGCGCUGUUUGACACUGCCAGGUCCAUCGUUAUAAUGAGAUAUGUUAGUGAAACAGCCAUACGGUUUACAACCUCUGAUGGCUCCACAAAGCGACUGUCCACUCGGCCAUAUGGUUGCAGACAGCCGAUAGAGGAGCUAAUGCUAUGGAGGGAUUUUUUUGGGGGUGGGGAUAAGCAAUCCUUGAAUGUGCCGUACCCUGCUUUGGAACAGCAGAUGGGGAAAGCAUUUCAUUUACAUUAGUUAUUUUGGAACCUUUGCUUUAGUGCCACUGUAUCUGUGUUACAUAUAGAUUGUGCUGCUUCUUACACUGUUGAGAUUGUAAUGCAAAGCUUUUAUAGAUCUUUUUUCAUUGUUAUUCUCAUCAGCAAAAAUGUCUUGUCUAGUACUCUCUUUUAAAUGUAAUCAUCUAGUCUGUAAAUUGUACACUAAUUUCUCAGUGGUACAUCAGUGAAUUAUAUAUAUAUAUAUAUAUAUAUAUAUAUAUAUAUAUAUAUAUAUAUAUAUAUAUAUAUAUAUAUAUAUAUAUAAAAUACUAUACAAUAUAUGCAGGACCUAGUACGGAAGCUACAAUAUGUACAAUAUGAAUGACAAUAUUCUUGUCAUUCUUGCAGCCUAAUGAAAGCUUUAUGAAAAUUAUUUUAUGUGUGUUGCAACAUGGGUUGUGGAGUUAGAUUUAACAAAGGAAAAGCCUUAUAGAAGAAAGUGUUACAAAUAUGGCUAGUAUUUUCUCACUGAUUAUACUGUUGUCAAAUACUAUAACUAGACGGGGGGAAAGAAAAAAACAUCCAAAAAGGUGUUUCUGUGGUGUGCUUUUAUUGUGACUGAGUGACAUGAUGGAUCAGAAUAAAUUAAACUUGAACAUUGUGAGUGUAUUUGCGCUUUCACUCUUACAGCACUUUUGCUAGCCAGUUGUAUUUCCAUAGUACACUGAGUAAUAACCAGAUACAGUGUGUUUCUAUUAUUGAAACUUGAUAUUCUGAAUAUGGAAUCGAUUUUUCUUCUGUUUUGCUGAUCUAUUCAAAAUGAAAUAGUUGUCUAAAAAAUGAAGUGCUUCUGUAACUACAGAGAUGGAAUACAUAUUGUCUUAUAUUCCUGUGGCGGAGUGUCCCACCCCUAUUUAUUAUUAUUUGUAUUUUUGUUUGCGGCGCGGAUAAAAGCGUGCAUCUUUUGUUAUUGUUUUUUAUAUAUUUAUAAUUUAAAAACCCUGUGAGGAUGCAUGAGUGAUCAGCUACUGAUUAUUUAACUAGCUGACAGUCACGCAUCCUUACCAAAAGCGUGCAGACUGUGGCCGAGGGGUAAUAAGAUAAUUAACAGCCAGUUAACCCCUCGGCCAGAGUAUAAGAACCUGCAGCUGUCCGUGCUGCAGGGUUAAAAAAAAAUUAUAAAUAUAUAAAAAACAGUAACAAAAGACGCGACGCUUUUAUCCGCACCGCAAACAAAAAUAUAAAUAAUAAUAAAUAGGGGCGGGACACUCCGCCACAAUUCCUCAUAGUCACUGACCUCAUAAUUGUUAACAAUGUUGCCGAUAUUAGUUGCUUCAUAGCCCUAAAAUGUCAACUUUUAACCUCUUAAGCAUCUAACAUGUUUUACAGGUACUGUAUGCAUUAAGAGACCUCAUCAGUAGUGGUGUCGUAUUGUUGAGGUCUGUUAAUAAAAUGCCAACUAACCCUUUGUUCCAGACAUGUGUUACUUAGCCUGUAUGCAUGUGUACAGUCUGUGUGGUUGUGGUGCUGGUAAAUGUGUUGUUCAGGUUGUAUUGUGCCUGUAGAAUGCAUGCAAGAGCUAGUGGGCUCCAUAUCCUGGCUAUGGACACAGGCAUUCUUAUGAAGUGAAGAGCUAAUCUGUGUAAAUAAAAUGCAUUAUGAUUUGAUGUCAGCCCAAAAAUAAUAGACAUACUUCAGCAUGUGGUAAGAUUGUGUUGGUGAGAUGCUAUAGGAGAACUAGUCCUGCUGAUACCAUUUGAAAUGUGUACUAAACUGUCCAGGUGCCGUGGCUCAAGUUGCCUUGUAUUCGCACCUUGUGUACCUGCAGAGGGACUGCACUUCUUACAGUAUCACGAGGAUGCUUCUUUGAAUGGCCAGGGCUGCUCUGUAAAACAAUGCAAAAAAAAAAAUCUUACUGUCUUAGUUGCAUUACAUAGAUAACAUUAUAUUUAAAGGUGCAUUUAGAUGGGCAUUACGAUUAUGCUUCUUCAAGAUUAUUCUUACACAGUUAUGUGCCACCAGUGUUGGAAUGUUUUCAACCAGCUGUAUAUAUCAGUAUUAGAAUCUUCAAUUUUUAUAUACUGCAUGCGUUUUUAUACAUAACAUGUAUUUCAAAUGUUUAUUUUAUGCCAUGUUUACAAAAUUAAACAUACUUUGUAAACUAA